UCCUCAUAUCAAGGACCUAACGAACUCUGACUCAACGCUGAGACAGACAGAGAGAGAGAGAGAGACCUCCCCAGACUGUUACCACGAUGCUGCGUGAAGGUGGAGUCAUUUGGGGGUUGAGAGAGAGUGAGGGAGGGAGAUGAGGAGAGAGCAAGAGGAGCAGGACAACAGAAGAAGACAGAUGGAUUAUCUGACAUGCGCCCGGAUUGACCAGCGUUCCUCUUUAAAUCUUGAACCCUGUUUUUCCCCCUCAGAGUGAGUUCUGAAAAUGCUUUCCUGCGCACGUGGAGUGUUGCAGCUAUCGGACAGGUAGAUUAUUUGUUGCACUUUUUUUGAUUUCACUGGGACUAAGGAGUUUUACACAUGGCAAACCUUCUACCUGGAUAUCAGUGAGCAUUUUUUUUUUUCUUGAAUUGAGCAAGUGCCUGGAAACACAAGCGUCACACUGGAGCAGCCAAGAAUAAUUUCACAAACAAUUUAGAACAAAUUAGGAAACACAAGGAAAGUGAAAAAGCAGGUUUGUUACUGGAAUACACACAAAUAACCAUUGGUGUGUUGUUUUCUUACGUAAUCUUUCAUCAUUCAGACUGAUUCAUUUUCCAAAACAGACUCUCUGAUCGACGUCUCUGAGCCUAAAAGCUUUCAACAGUGCAGAAGAGGAUUUCAGUGGAAUAUCCGCUUGAGACUUGUUGAACAGUCAUUGACAAUUAAUUCAGAGAGAAAUCUAAGAAUUUCAUACAUUUGGACUGUACACGGGGACCAUCUCUCCCAGUCUGGACUGUGGAGGGCUCCCCUCCCUGCCCUCCCAGCCUCUCCUCGCCCCCAGCAGCAUGUCCCAGGCUCUGAGGCUGCCUCUAGUCCUCCACACAGCACACUACCAUGAUCAGAUGGGCUGCUGGAGGGAGUAAGGCUGCCUCUGCCUCGUCCUGCUCCAGGGCUAGGCUAGGGGCUUGUUCUGGUUUGGGGACCAGCUCCAGACUAAGGUCAUCAUCAGCACUGCUUUCCACCCUGACUUUGCCUCUCCUGGUUGCCCUGGUGCUUUUUUCCUUCUCCCUACCCGGGGCAGCCUGCCAUCACCUCCGCAGAGACAGACUGAGGCUCGCCAACCCACGAACUCUCAGGGUUGCACUGAACAUUUCUGAGACUGAAGUCCUCUCUAGGCCCAGGGCCACUGGGGGCCCCCUGGGUCGGACUGGGGGGCCACAGGGUAGGCAUGUGCGCAGCUACAAUCAUCUCCAAGGGGACAUGCGGAGGAGGAAGCUGUUCUCUUUCCAGAAGUUUUUCCUGAGAAUCGAUAGGAACGGAAAGGUCAAUGGAACCAAGAGCAAGGAUGACCCCCUCAGUAUUCUGGAAAUCACAUCGGUGGACGUGGGAGUGGUGGCCAUCAAAGGGCUGAACAGCAACUACUAUCUGGCCAUCAGCAGGAAGGGAGAGCUGUAUGGAGCGAGAGAGUUUGGUGUCGACUGCACCCUGAAGGAGCGCAUUGAGGAGAACGGCUACAACACGUACGCAUCAGCUGAGUGGAGGAACAAGAAGCGGCAGAUGUUUGUGGGCCUGAACGUCCACGGGAAGCCACUGAGAGGGAAGAAAACCCGCAGGAAGAACACGGCCACCCACUUCCUUCCAAUUAUGGUGUGAGCUGGAUUACUCAAGUGGAGGAGGAGGACACGCAGCACUGGACAGAGAGGUUUUUAAUACUGGAAAAAAAGCUGUAAAAUAAAGACACUCACAGAAAUCUCUCAUUUGGAAACAAGGCACUAACACUGUAACACAUAAAUAUGGUCUCUGCUCCUGACUUUGGCUGAGAUUAUUUACUUUAUUGAGUAGGAGAAGAUGAUAUCUGUGUUUUCUGUGGCACGGGAUGCAAUAUUUAUCCUUUUUUUCUGUGCCAAACACUUGCAACUGAAGUAUGUGUGUAAUGUGGACAAAACAGAAGAUAAUGUCCCAGCUAAUGUAUUGCGGUAGAUGCAGAUGUUAUUUAUAAUCCAUAUUCUCCAUAUUCUCAGACACCAACAUAAAGGGAAGAGAUAGGAAAUGGACAAGAUGAGCAAAGUGAUCAGUCAGUUUAUCACGUAAAAUAAUAGAGGAUACAACCCAUUUAAAGCAAAUGUUUGAUACUUAACCACUGUGUUUUGACUGUAUUGUAAUGAUUUAUUUAUUUUGUGAAAUAUUUAACUGGAGGGGAACACUUACAAGGAAGCAUUCCUUUGCAUUCUUUACUUUUUAUAGGAACUCUGUUAUGUGAAAAUAAAAUACCACUUUCUCCUCUGCAAUGUAGCUGUCUUACUUCCUCAAAAAUA